AAUGUGUUUAUUUAAAAUUUGAAUUUUGGAUGAGCAUUUGUGUCGGGUUUCGCUGAAUUUGCUAUUUUUAUUAAGUGCUUUCUGGACUUUUUUUUUUCAAAUCUAAGACAAUCUAAAACGGUCUAUUGAUUUGUAAUUAAAUAUAUAGUAAAUAACAAAAUAAAAACAUCGGAAGUAGCAUUGUUAUUUCUGGUGCUCAGUUUGUUAAGCAUAGAUUUUUCGCGUAUCAGUCAACAGCAUAAAGAUAGGCUGUCUUGACUUUUCAACAAUUUUUUGGCAAAUAUUUUGAAGACUGAACUGGUUAUAACAAUGGGUGCCUACUUGUCCCAUCCGAAGACAGAUAAAGCGUCUACAGAUGAAUUCAAUGAUUUCCUUGCCGUUGGAGCUAGCUCAAUGCAAGGUUGGAGAAAUAGCCAAGAGGAUGCACAUAACUCCAUUUUGAAUUAUAACAAAAAUACUUCCUUUUUUGCUGUGUAUGAUGGUCACGGUGGAGCUGAGGUUGCACAGUACUGUGCCGACAAGUUUCCAGAGUUCCUUAAAAACCUAGAAUCAUAUAGAAAUGGACAUUUUGAAAAGGCUCUCAAAGAUGCAUUUUUAGGGUUUGACAAAACUCUGCUGGAUCCGUCAGUAGUUGCUAUCCUAAAAAUAUUAGCAGGCGAGCAUAAUUUCGCCGAGGGAGACGCGACUGAUUACGAUGACGAUGCUGAGGAAGAUUUAGCCGAGUUGCAGGAGGAGAGUAACUUGCCAUUAAACGAAGUUCUAGAAAGGUACAAAGGGCUUCCGUUAACUCAUGGUACACUUAAUCUAACAUCAGAGGGCAGUGUGUCCAAAUUGCAAUCCCCAUAUUUACGAGGACGUCGUGCAGCGGCAGUAGCUGCCGAAGCUGUUAAUAAGGCUGUAAUGGACCCCACAGCGAAACCAGAAGGUUCUUCCACUUCAGCUGCAGCUGCUACCAUUGCACCUGCAGUUAUCGGUCCGUGCUCUAGUUAUUUAGAGAGGGCAAUACAGUUAUCUGUGGAUGAGUCCGCUGUGAGUAGUAGCAGCAAAAGCAAUAAUGAUUCAACUCACUCUGUUAUAUGCAAAGAAUCCAGUGGGAAAAAUGCUGACGGCUCCCAGACAAAUAAGAAUGGGAGUGUUACUUCCUCUAGGGCUAAUGCCACUUGUAAAAAUAAUACAAAUAGUAUGGAAACUGUUUUAUUUGGGUCCAAAGUUUUUGGGAAAGGAAACUUGACCGGCCAAUCCAAAGAAAUCGAUAUAACUGGAAUUUCAUCUACCAGUAAGGAAUCUAAAGACUUCUUGAAGAAGUUUGAUUGCAUCCAGGAUGACGAUACCUCCACCGAUGAUGAUGUCGAUUACAAAGAAAAUGACCCAGUCGAGUCUCCAAAUAUAUUAGGUACGGACAGCUCAGAUGAUGAUAUUGAUGAUGAAGUUGAAAACAUUGAUGGAGACGAGGAAGAUGACGAAGAAGACGAAAUUAGCGACGAAGAGGAAACAGAUGAAGAUCAAAAAGCCAAUGAUCAUUUUUGCGCCAACAUGAUUGAGGAACCUGGAAAAGACAGUGGAUGCACUGCUGUUGUCUGUUUAUUGCACGGUCGCGAUCUGUACGUAGCUAAUGCAGGCGACUCUCGCUGUGUCAUAUCCCGAAAUGGUCGAGUUAUUGAAAUGAGUAUCGAUCACAAACCAGAAGAUGAUGAAGAGGCCGCGAGAAUUAUCAAGGCUGGAGGCCGAGUCACACUUGAUGGCCGUGUUAAUGGCGGCUUAAAUUUAUCUCGAGCCCUUGGUGACCACGCGUACAAAACAAAUAUUCAAUUGCCAGCUGAGUCACAAAUGAUAUCCGCGUUACCAGACAUUAGGAAAUUAAUAAUUACGCCAGAAGAUGAAUUUAUGGUAUUGGCCUGUGAUGGCAUAUGGAAUUAUAUGUCUAGUGAAGAAGUUAUUAGUUUUGUGCGAUUGAGGUUAAAAGAAAAAAAUAAGAAAUUGUCAAUCAUUUGUGAAGAGCUCUUUGACAACUGUUUAGCGCCAAACACUAUGGGUGAUGGAACUGGUUGUGACAACAUGACUGCCGUGAUUGUUCAAUUUCAAAAACCGCUACAAGAUCUACAAGCUACCAUUAACCCAAUUGAAACAGAAGAUGCAGUAGCCAACAAAUACGAGAGCUGUGAAAAGGUUGCAGGUGCAGGUGUCGAUCGUUGCGUGCUUAAACGGUGCGUUUCGCCAGAUACCGUUCCCGAUAGCAAUGAAAUAGAAAGAAAUGCUGUUAAAACGAAACGGCUAAAGAUCGAAGAAAACAAAGUGAAAGGAGUUGACCCUACUAUCGAAAAUCUAAAAGAAGGAAAACGAUAGCUUGAAGGGUAGUUAUGAAGCUAGAGUUGUUGUUUCCUCGUAAUAUUUAUCGUUUAGUGUAAACCGCAUUUUAAUCGUACUACUUAAGAUCUGAGUACAUUAUAAAAAACCAUACCAUAUAAAAAUUUUGACACAUAUUUAGAAUAUAUGCAAAGCUCAUUGCUUAA